CCUCGUACCUUCCCAAACAUACGGAACUCUGAAAGCUUAGCCAAUUUCUUCUAAGCAAAAAACUUAUAUUAAAAAAUAAUAGGAACUGUCCUGUUUCCCCUUUCACGGGCUCUUGGAGUUAACCUUCAACCAGCUCGCGCAGCCCAUAGCACCAUUCUCAUUUGCGUCUCAGCCUUCGAUGCGUAAAGAUCUGUGUUUGAAGUAACGUCUAACGACUAGCCAAUACGAUUUCGCUAAACAUGGCAUCUCGUCUGCGAUAUCGAAGCGAAUAAAAGGAGGCUUACUGUGAAUUUGUUUCGUAUGCGCGCGCAGUCCAUUGUGUAAAUGAAUAGGCAUGGGUGCUUCGUAAGUUUCGUUCUGUCUAGUACAAUCAGUGUUUGCUGUAAGCGGACGGCCGGAAUAUAGAUUACCCGCCCAGGAUUUUUCUAGAGGAGGAGAUGAUUUUUAAUCGGCCGGCGUCCAGGAUGGUGCUGACCCCAAUGCCACGACGAUACUCGCCGAGGUCUAAUCUUCUUUCGGCGGCUACCCUUUUGCUAGCUCUUGUAUUCAUCACGGUAGCGUUUUGCACGCCAUACUGGCUUGUCAAUGAUGCCAUUCAUCCCGGUGCUAAAAAGUUCCGACGAAGAGGACUAUGGGAAGUGUGCUUUGAUAGUCCCCUCGACGAUCACUACAGGUAUGUACGUCUGCUUCGUUUCGACAAUGAUAACAGGGGCUGUCGAUGGAUCUUCGAUCGAGAAUAUCGCUACUUGCGACCAUUGCUCGAGGCGCCGUAUUUCGUGGCGGUUCAGAUCUUUUUUACGAUCGGGUUUGGGCUGCUGAUUGCAGCUUGCGGUGUCCUUCUUGCUCUCAACAUCUGCUUCCCGCAAGAGAAGGAGGUGCAGAUGUUGCGUGCUACUACAGGUCUCAUUCUAGCUUCGAUGGUUUGUACCCUUGUUGCUAUCAUCGUAUUUGGAACGUUAGGUGAUCUCACCAACGACUACAUACCACAGGUCGAUUGGAACUAUUUCGGAUGGUCGUACAUGCUUGCCGUUGUCGGUGUCAUUAUUCAACUGGUAGCGGCAAUACUAACGUGGAUUGACGCGCGAGCCGCAGCGCGUCGCGAGUAUGAAGACAGUGUCUUAGCUAUGGAGGAACGCCUUAGGGCCUCAUCGUCGCUACAGGGUGGAACGCUUUCGCGGCCGCCAACGGCCGCUGGAGCUGAGGGCACCUUACCUCGACCAGACUCCCGAGUAUCGCUUAAUCGCACCGGCUCGCUACAGCAUCUAUCGUGAAUAGUCGAGUGGUCGGAAAGG